UACAAGUCCCAGGGAGAGCGUCGCCUGUGUUUCGUCAUCUAACGUCGACUCGUUCUGUUGACGUCGUGUGCGGCCGCCGGGAGAAGUUUGAAAAUAAACGUGAAAGUUUUUUUUCACGUGAAACGUUGAGUGUCGGUGCGGUUCGAGCUGCUGCUGUGAGGCUGAGCUGUGAGAGUUUGUACCGAGGAGGGAGCGGAGCGCAGAGGAAGCUGCUCCUCAGGCAGCAAUGUCUUCUGCAGACGAAGAGCCAUCGGCCGCCAUCGCGGCCGCCUUGACGUCUGCGUUAUCGAGUGCCGUGUCAGCUGCCAUGGCGGUUGCCAUGGCUGUUGAUUCAAAGGCGGAUCUCUCCGCGUUGCUCGACGAAUGGGAAGAAGCACAAAGAGGCCCCACAGAGCAGCUGGUGUCCAUCUUAAACAGAAUAUCGGAGCUGAUUGAGAAAGAGACGGGAGAGUAUCACAAAGCAGACCCGGAUCCGUUUGAUGACCGUCAUCCAGGACGGGCGGACCCUGACUGCAUGCUGGGACAACUCCUGAAGAUGCUCUUUAUGAACGAUGACUUCACUAAUGCACUGCUGGACACGUACAUAAUGACCAGCAGGGAACACAGCCUCAACACAGCAGCCUGCCGCCUGCUUCAGAACAUUUGCCCGGGCCUGGAGACGGCCGUCGUCUUCCAAGAGAAGGAGGGUCUGGCUGAAAGGUUGUUUGGCUGGGCUCGUGAAGCAGAGCGCCCGCUGUGUGUCUACGCCACGGGUCUGCUGGCCCGAGCCAUGAGCAACCAGGAAAUGGCGGCCAACUACAGAGAAGAGAACGCUCAGCUGGUGCCGGUUAUGAUCAAGCGGUUGCACGAGCUGCAGUCUCAAGAGGCCACGAGUCACUUUAGUGCCACCCACACCUCAGAGAAUCUACCUCAGGACUCUCAGGCUGAAACUGCACAAACCUCAAGCGUCACAACAGCCCAGCAAGACACGAUGGAGGAGGAGGUGAGAAAUGAAAGAGCCGGGGAGAGCAGCAGGACCACGUCCAACACCAAACCCACGUCUCUGCUCGGCUCAGCUCAGAAGAACGGUGGCCGCAGCAGCAGCUCUGCCCGACUGCUGCCAGGCUUCGUUUACCAAGUCGCUCCGGACUCUGCGUCCAGGGAGACGGAGGACAUGCAGGGAGGAAGAGGUGGAGGAGGAGCCAAGAAACGGGCUAUAAAGGAGAACGGGAGGAAGGUAAAGCAGAAACUGAACUUUACCAACUCCUCGGGCAGGAGUGGAGAGGACGCAGAGAGGACCGAGGCCAGCGAACAGCCAGCCAGCACCUCCUCAUGGUCUGAGAUGAGCUCCGUGAUGAUCGGCACCGACUUCCGCCUUUCGCCGCUGAGCCCGGCCAUGGAGCAGCGGCUCAUCCUGCAGUAUCUGACCCCGCUCGGAGAUUACCAGGAGCUGCUGGCUGUCUUCAUGCAGCUGGACACGCGGUCGCUGCUGAUGAACUACAUCGACCUCAGACAGACCAACAACGUCCAGCUCACCUUUGACGCCCUGCUGUAUCUCGCCUCGCUGCUCCUCCAUAAGAAGUUUGCUGCAGAGUUUAUCGCUCACGGAGGAGUGCAGAAACUCCUGGAGAUCCCGAGGCCUUCAAUGGCAGCAACCGGAGUUUCUCUCUGCCUCUACUACCUGGCGUAUAACCAAGACGCCAUGGAGAGGGUGUGCACGCUGCCCGACGGCGUGCUGUCCGACACGGUGUCCUACGCUCUGUGGCUGCUGGAGUCGUCCCACGCGUCAGGCGUCUGCCACGCCACCAUGUUUUUCUCCAUCUCCUUUUCAUUCCGAGCGGUGCUGCAGCUGUUCGACCAGCAGGACGGCCUCCGGAGGCUCGUCAACCUGAUCAGCACUCUGGAGAUCCUGAACAUGGAGAGCGAGCUGUCCAGGCUGAGUGAUGACCAGGUGUUCUCCAGCAGGCAGACAGCCAAACACACCUGCAUGGCCCUGCGCAGGUACUUUGAGGCUCACCUCGCCGUGAAGACCGAGCAGGUGAAGCAGUCCCUGCACGCGUCAGACGGCGGUAUCGUCAUUCCCCAGCAGCCGUUUUACAAGGCCUAUUCGUACACCAGAGAGCAGAUUAUUGAGAUGAUGGAGUUUCUCAUCGAGUGCGCGCCUCCUCAGCUUCACUGGGAGCCGGUCGAGGUCUUCUACAAGUUGUCCUGUGUCCCCUUAAUGCUGCAGCUCAUAUCUACAGCCUGCGACUGGAGGACUUACUUUGGCAGGAGUGACACUGUGCGGUACGCUUUGGACAUCCUCUCCAUCCUGGCGGUGGUUCCUAAAGUCCAGCUGGUCCUGGCAGAAACCGUAGAAGUUCAGGAUGAAACCAGGUCCCCCGUUUCCACUGUGGGUAUGAGCAUCAUUCUGGGUGUGGCAGAGGGCGAGGUGUUUGUCAACGAUGCUGAGAUCCAGAAGUCUGCACUCCAAGUGAUAAUAAACUGCGUGUGCGCCCCUGACCAGAGCCUGAACUCUGUGGGGGCUUUUGCCAUCACCCUCCUCAGGCCAUCACUCCAUCCCCAGCAGCCCCCUGCCCCUCACAACAGGGUGCUGGCCCACAUGUGGCAGGUGGUGCAGAACAACAAUGGGAUAAAGGUGCUGCUGUCCCUGCUGUCAGUGAAGAUGCCCAUCACGGACGCCGACCUGAUCCGCACUCUCGCCUGCAAAGCUCUGGUCGGACUCUCUCGCAGCUCUGCCGUCAGACAGAUCAUCAGCAAGCUGCCGCUCUUCACCAGGAGCCACAUUCAGCAGCUGAUGAAGGAGCCCGUGCUGCAGGACAAACGAAGCGAGCACGUCCGCUUCUGCCGCUUCGCCGCCGAGCUGACCGAGCGAGUGUCUGGCAAACCUCUUCUCAUGGGCACGGACGUGUCGUUGGCUCGCCUGCAGAGGGCCAACGUGGUCGCCCAAUCACGCAUCACGUUUUCGGAGAGGGAGCUCCUCGUUCUGAUCAGGAACCACCUCGUGGCCAAAGGACUUCACGACACGGCAAAGACACUCGUCAAGGAGGCCAAUUUACCCGUAGCGACCCUCUGUCCAAACCCCUCCCCUUCCUGCGUAACCCCCCCGCCCUCCGCCUCAGUGGUACCCAGGACUUGCAGGUUAGCCGGCGGGAUCGCGGCACGUAUCGCCAGCCAUGUUGGAGCCUCUCCCGUGUCCUCAGGUGCUUCAGUUUCUCCUUCCCCCUCUUCUUCUCGACCCCUGGCACCUCCUCACCCUUCGUGCUCCUCUGCAUCUACCUCUGCCCACCCCACUCCUCCUCCCCCUCCUCUUCCUCAUCCUUCACCUCAGGGACAGGGCUCAUAUCCACUUGGCCGGAUUUUGUUUUCACGGGAACGUCCGGUGGCCCCGUGCAGCUCAGGGAAAAAGCUUCGUGCACUGAAACAGAAGUCGGAUCACGGUGCUUUCAUACAGACUCCAGCAAUGAAGAAGCAGUUGGAACGUCACCUUCCUUCCCCUCCAACGCUCGACAGCAUCAUCACCGAGUACCUGAGGGAACAACACGCCCGCUGCCCCAACCCGGUCACCACAUGCCCCCCUUUCUCUCUUUUCACGCCCCACCGCUGCCCGGAGCCCAAGCAGAGACGACAAGCCUCUCCCAACUUCACCGCCCGCCUGGGUGCCAGGGUGCUGUACCCCAAAUAUGGAGGUGUGGACCGAGCGUGUCUGGAUAGACAUCUGAUAUUUAGCAGGUUUCGCCCAAUGUCGGUGUUCCACGAGGGCGACGGAGACGAGAGCGGCUUCACCUGCUGUGCCUUCUCAGCCUGUGAGCGUUUCCUGAUGCUGGGAUCCUGCUCCGGUCACCUCAAGUUCUACAACGUCCUCUCGGGAGAGGAGGCGGCCAACUACACCUGCCACACGUCCGCCAUCACACACCUCGAGCCCUCCAGGGAUGGGAAACUGCUGCUCACCUCUGCUUCCUGGAGCGUCCCUCUGUCGGCUCUGUGGAGCAUGGAUGGAGUCUUUAUCAAAAAAAACUCUUUUGCAGACGAUCACUACGUGGAGUUCAGUAAACUCUCUCAGGACCGAGUCAUCGGCACCAAAGACCAAGUCGCAAACAUCUACGACAUCCAGACGGGUCAGAAGACCCUGACCCUGAAUGACCCCGCCCUGGCCAACAACUACAAGAGAAACUGUGCCACCUUCAACCCCACUGACGACCUGGUGCUAAACGACGGCGUGCUGUGGGACGUGCGGGCGUCGCGGGCCAUCCACAAGUUCGACAAGUUCAACAUGAACAUCAGCGGGGUCUUCCACCCCAACGGCCUGGAAGUCAUCAUCAACACGGAGAUCUGGGACCUGAGGACCUUCCACCUGCUGCACACCGUCCCCGCCCUGGACCAGUGCAGGGUGGUCUUCAACAGCAACGCCACCAUCAUGUACGGAGCUAUGCUCCAGGCCGACGAUGAGGAUGACGCGAUGGAUCAGCAGAUGAAGAGUCCCUUCGGCUCGUCCUUUAGAACCUUCGAUGCUACGGACUACAAGCCCAUCACCACUGUGGACGUGAAGAGGAACAUCUUUGACCUGUGUACAGACACCAAGGACUGCUACCUGGCUGUCAUUGAGAACCAGGAUGCAGUGGGCUUGGACACAGUGUGUCGUCUGUACGAGGUGGGACGACAGAAACUAGCAGAGGAGGGAGACGACGACGAUCAGGAUGACGAAGAUCAGGACGAUGACGAUUCCUCUGACUCCGAUGACGACGAUGAUGAUGACGACGACGAUGACUUGGACACAGACCCGCUCAUAGAGGAGCUGGCCAAUAACGACGAGGCAGAGAAUGAGGAACAAGCCGACUCGCCCAGAGACGAAGAGAUUGCUGAUCUUCUGGCUGGCGACAGCGAUGAUGACAAUGACAGCAACGACAACAACGACUCAGAGGACUGGGAGAGCGUCGAUGAUGGCUCUGAGCCGUUUGACGCUGACGGAUCAGAAAUUCUCUCUGAAGCGUCCGAUGACGAGUUGAUCCAGUCCCUCCGUGACCUCCAUGACAGAUGGUUCUCCUGACCUCAGCGUUCUCAUUCGUACCUGCUUAAAUCCUCGUUUCUCUUUUAAGCAGGCAGGUUGACUGUGAACACGCUCGUAUGCAAAUCAAAUUUCUGCAAUAUUCUGAUUCUCUAAUAUAUAUUUUUUAAAUUUGAGAGAGAUGUCAGAGAUGACGAAUAAAUAUUUCCCAGAGUUUUUUGGGGCCUCAGAUA